AUGGUUACCAUGCGUGCAGUCGAUAUCAAGGAUGGCAAGGGCCCCGCCACCUCUCUCUUCAUCAACGAGAUCGAACGUCCUACACCCACCGCCGCUCAAGCUCUCAUCCGCGUCAAGGCCUUUGGUCUCAACCGCAUGGACCUGAUGCAACGCGAAGGCCAAUACCCCGUUCCUCCCCAAGCCCCCAAGACUCUCGGUGUCGAAUUCAGUGGUAUAAUCGAGGAACUAGCUUCAGAAAGCGAGAGCGGUUUCAAAAAGGGCGAUGCUGUGUUUGGAUUGGCGUAUGGUGGUGCUUAUGCAGAGUAUAUUGUUGUGAGCACGCACAUGCUCGUCCACAAGCCUGAUGAAUUGAGCUUUGAGGAGUGUGCUGGUAUCCCCGAGACAUGGAUCACAGCCCUGCAAGCAAUGUACAUGGUCGCAGAAUACAAACCCAACCAAUCCAUCCUCUGGCACGCCGGCGCCUCCAACGUCUCCAUCGCCGGAAUCCAACUCUCAAAAGCAGACUCCGCCUCCAAAAUCUUCGCCACAACCCGCUCGGACGAGAAGAACAAAUUCGUCGUUGAGAAGCUUGGUGCUACUGCUGCUUUCAACUCUGAAACCCAGGACUGGGCCGAGGAAGUGCUCAAGGCGACAGAUGGCAAGGGUGUAGACAUUAUUGUCGAUUUCAUGGGUGCGGGCUUCUUUGCUGGUAACUUGAAGGCUGCGGCUAGAGAUGCGCACAUCGUUACUCUUGCUGCAAUGACGGGAUUAAAGUUGCCUGCCGAGACCGAGAUUGGCGCUUUCCUAUUCAAGAGAGUGAGACUGGAGGGUUCGACGCUGAGAGCAAGAGACGAACAGUACCAGGGCAAGUUGAGGGAUCAGCUUGUCGAACACGCUCUCCCCAAGUUCAAGGAUGGUUCUUUCAAGGUUUACGUUGAGAAGACUAUCGAUUGGGAGAAGAUUGUUGAGGCGCAUCAGCUCAUGGAGUCUAACAAGACCAAGGGCAAGAUUAUCAUGACCAUUGACUGGUAG